ACCAGUUCGCCCGUGCCAUGGCAGACGUCCGCUUGGAACGACAGUUGCGCUACUACUUCAGCGACAAAAACUUGUGGAAGGACGUCUGGUUGGUGAAUCAAUUGGGCGACGAUUGCACAGGUUUCAUCGCAGCUGAGGUCAUUGCUGGUUUCAACCGUGUGCAACAGAUCACAUCUGAGUUGGACCUCGUGGUGGCCAGUUUGAAGCGGAUUGAUGAACUUGAGGUGAAGGAGGACUCCCAAGGUAAAGCGGCAGUCCGUCGUCGACAUGCUUUACCACCCAAGCCUCAACCAGAAAGUGAAGCUGGCUCCUUAGAGGCUGAAGGAGGAGAUGAUCAAGAACUUCAAGUGGCAUCAACUGCGGUCCCCGACGCACCACUCUCUCAAGCACCCAAUGCAAAAGAGAUGGAAUCUUUGGCUGGAUUUCGGAAGGUUCCCAAGACUGGUGUCAUUUAUGUCAUGGAUGAAGCGAGCAAAGCUGGAUACUGUGCAGCAACUGCGCAGGAGUGGGCCAAUUUGGGACAAGGAUCACCUGAGACCACCAGGGCCAAGAAUUGGCCUACCAACAUUCGAAAGCGCUUGACGGAACUGGUGGAGAAGGGCAAAUUGACGUCAGAACUGGGUCCAUUUUCGUUGCAAACUCUUGAAGUGAACGAAGAAAAUUUACAUUACUCCAGUGUGAACGGUGAUUGGGCCUUACGGCGUGCUGUAGCAAAGUACUACAAUGAGAUCUAUCGAAAGGGGAAAUCGUCGCUCUACACUGCAGAGAACGUGGCUAUCGUUGGUGGUGGGCGCCUUGCGCUCACUCGACUAUGCUGUGCCAUGGACAAUGUGAAUCUGGGACAUUUCCUGCCUGACUACACGGCCUAUGCAGAGCUGUUGAGCCAGUUCAAGACGAUCAAUUCGAUCCCAAUUCCCUUGGAUCCGAAGAACAAUUUCACCAUCACCUUGCAGGAGCUGCGGCGCGAAAUCGUGGGCCGUGGUCUUUCGGUUCUGCUGCUGUCGAAUCCCUGCAAUCCAACAGGUCAGCUGAUAGAAGGAGAGGAGCUGAAAAAUUGGUGUCGAAUUGCACGAGAAACUCAGUGCUCCUUGGUGUUGGAUGAAAUUUAUUCGCGCUACAUUUACACACAGCGCAUGUCACCCACUGAUGCCACUUGGCGGAUGGUGUCAGCUGCACAGUUUGUUGACGAUGUCAAUCAAGAUCCCGUGAUCAUCCUGGAUGGGCUCACCAAAUGUUGGCGAAUGCCUGGCUUGCGCAUUUGCUGGAUAGUUGCGCCCAAAUCAGUCAUCGAUGCAGUUGGGGCAGCAGGUUCCUUCCUGGAUGGCGGUCCUUCCCUUCCAACGCAACGCUCCUGUGUGCCGCUGUUGAAUCCCAAAGACGUCAUCGAACAGACCGUGAUGUUACAGGUGCUUUUCAGCCACAAACGGGAUUUCCUGCUGCGGCGCUUACAAGACAUGGGGAUUACAGUGGAACAUCCUCCACAAGGAACCUUCUAUUGUUGGUGCGAUAUCUCCAAUUUACCACCGCCUUUGAACAAUUGUUGGGGCUUCUUCCGAGAGCUUUUGAAGGAGAAAGUCAUCGUAACUCCUGGUGUUUUCUUUGAUGUGAACCCGGGCUCCAGACGGAAGUUCAACAGCUACGACUCCUUCAUUCGAAUCUCCUAUGGUCCAAGCUUUAAGGAGGUACAACGUGGCUUAGAAGGAAUGCAACGUGUCAUCGAACGUCAGAAAAAGCUUCAAAGUAUUCCCGAUGAUGCGCCAGCCAUGACUAGCUUGUGGUUGAGAUCUUCACCAAGGCUACUGAAUCAUUCCGCAGCUCAGCUGGCCCCACAGGUUAUGGAGGACGUUGAAAUUCCAGGAGGCUACGUCCCAGGACGCAUCCUCCAGAAGUUCAUCGAUGGUGACUUAGCCGGGGCGGUGAAUGAUUCCCUCAGCAGUGAAUUGCCGAAGGGAUCGAAAGAUCCCGAUGGGCCAAGUAGCAGUGCAGCCGAUGGUGCAGGUGGCUCAUGUGACGCAGGUGUCAUGAAGGCGGCUGCUGCACCGAGUGCAGCCGAUGAUGCAGGUGGUGGUGGCAUGGAGCUUCCUCCACCACCAAUGCCACCACCACCACCACCACCGCAGGCAGUGCCAGAGCCGAAGAAUCCGCCCAAGGUCAAGGCCAUGCCGCGACCUCGCCGCUAUGGGCAGGGGCAUGCCCUAGCGGCGGGGUCGCGGCAGCAGCAGCAGGUGGUCGACGUGGACGCCUAUGAGGCCAAGAAGGAUGCUGCUGAGAAAGACGAGUCAUGGGGUCCGAAAUGGCCAGCACCAGAGCUCAUGAAGAGCACAACCUGGAAGCCGCCGUGGCAGACCUCUGCAGAUGGGCAGUGCCAUGGGCAGUGGCAGCCCUCUGGGCAGUGGCAGCCCUCUGAUGGGCAGUGGCAGCCCUCUGGAACGUGGCAUGAUGCAGAUGGCAGCUGGCAGGCCACAGCAUCCAUGUCACAGACGUGGCAAUCAGAUGGAUGGAGCGCGAACAGAGAGGUGAGCUGGUCCAUGGAGCGCACUGGGCAGGAAGGCGACAACCACCCGCAGAAGCGCAUCAGAGAUGCGAGCAACCGAAGGCGUGGCGGCUGGAAAUACCAGCGUGUACAGCAGAAUCGCCAGCUGGCGAUCGAAAGACAGGAGCAGGGCGAUCGCAUCGACCAUGCCUUGCAGAUCAUGGGUACACUGGCCGAUGGCCGUUUCACUGUAGCAGCCUGGGAAAGGACUAUGCGCAUCACCAUCUUCAACUACAGGCCAAUUCAUGCGAUCGCCCUGCAGACAGAGGUCACCUUGCAAGCAGCUGCCGUGCGCCAUGCAGGCAACGGGAACAAGAUGCCCAUGGUGGAGCCGCGUUGCCAUUUUGGCACCAUUGGGACGAAGAAGCGUGCCUUUGGCGCAGUCGGAACUUGGGAAAGCAGCGGCACUACUUUGAAACUAAAGAAAUUCGCUUGCUGCCUGGGAGCAAAGCUGCUGGACUUGACCUUUGAAUACCAUGGUGCUGACGAUCCGCUUGGUCGACCCAUGCAGCCCAUGCUUGCAAUCAUGGACGUCCCGCCAGAAGAACCGGAUGCGGCUCAUGAAGGCGAAGCUGACGUGUCCGGAAAGUGGCACUUGGAAGGCUAUAUGGUGAGCCGGCAGUGCUUCAUCGUGUCCAUCGACUUUGUUGUUAUUUUGCUCUGCAGAUCGUG